CCCGCGGCGGAAGUGCCGCCGCAGACCGACUGUCCACUCCCGACGCGACAACGACGACGACGCUGGGCCAGCCAUGGACGCCGAGCAGUUCAGAGAGUUCGCCAAAGCCACCGUCGACUACGUCGCCGACUACUUGGAGAACAUCCGGGACAGGCCUGUGUUACCUGAUGUUACACCUGGUUUCAUGAGUAAGCUGCUACCAUCUGAGGCACCAUAUGAACCAGACACAUGGCAAGAUGUCAUACAUGAUGUAGAGCAUGUCAUUAUGCCUGGAGUUACACAUUGGCAGUCUCCAAGUUUCCAUGCAUUUUAUCCAACAGCAGUUUCCUACCCUGCAAUUGUGGGAGAAAUUCUGAGCGCUGCAAUUUCUGGUGUUGGAUUUAGCUGGAUUGCAAAUCCAGCUAGCACUGAACUUGAGGUAAUAGUCAUAGACUGGCUAGGAAAAAUGUUGGGUUUGCCAUCAGAAUUUCUACCAUCAUCUGAUGGGCCAGGAGGUGGUGUCAUACAGGGUUCUGCGAGUGAGACUACACUCAUUGGUCUGCUGGUGGCAAGAGAGACUGCAGUGCGUAAAGCUAAAGCCCUCAACCCACACUUAAAUGAAGCUGAAUUAAGAGGAAAAUUCGUUGCUUACAGCUCUAAUCAGAGUAAUUCAUCAGUGGAAAAAGCUGGCCUCCUGGCAGCUGUUCCAAUGAAGUUACUUCCAUCAGACAACAAAUGUCGAAUGCGAGGAAACACACUUUUGAAACAAAUACGUGAAGAUCGUGCUAAUGGUCUCAUCCCAAUAUAUGUUGUAGCAACCUUUGGAACAACAGGAACUUGUGCCUUUGACCCAGCUGAUGAACUUGGACCCAUAUGCAAUGAAGAAGGCAUAUGGCUUCACAUAGAUGCUGCAUAUGCAGGUGCUGCCCUAGUUUGUCCUGAGUUCAGGCAUUUAAUGUCAGGAAUUCACUAUGCAGAUUCUUUCAACUUCAACCCACAUAAAUGGAUGCUUACUAACUUUGACUGUUCUGCUAUGUGGUUGAAGGAUGCAACAGAACUUAGCAAGAGUUUCUGUGUAGAGCGCAUUUACCUUGAACACAAGAUGCAGGGGAAAAAACCUGAUUAUAGACAUUGGCAGAUUCCCCUUGGACGACGGUUCCGUGCACUGAAGUUGUGGUUUGUUCUACGCCUGUAUGGAAUUCGUGGGAUUCAGGACAUAAUCCGAAAACAUUUGCAGCUGGCCAAAUAUUUUGAAACACUUGUCAGAGCAGAUCCUCGCUUUGAGAUUCCCUGCGACCAAAGUAUGGGUGUUGUGUGUUUCCGUUUGAAGGGUCCUGAUGAGCUGACCAGAGACUUAGUCGCACAGCUUACAGCACGAAGGAACAUUUACUUGAUUGCAGCAACUGUCAAUGAACAGAUUGCAGCACGAUUUGUUGUAUGUAGUAUUGUGACAGAAGAGAAGGACAUUGUAAAAUCAUGGCAGGAAAUUUUGUAUGUUGCAAAUAAGAUACUGGACUCCAAUGCUGAUGAUAUGAGUGUUAAAAUUGUAGAAAAGGUUUAAAAUAUAUUUGAAACAUAUGUGGGUCAUGUAUUUUACAACAGACUGUAUACUAUGAAACAUGUAUAACAUUUUUAGCUUUAAUGCAACUGUGUGUUUCAUAUACUGCACCAUCACAAAAAAUAAAAUAAAAUAAAAUAAAAUAAAAAAUAACAAAUGCAUAAAAGGCCUCAUACAGAAAGUAUUGUAAGAUGUCACAUACUGUUAAUAUAUAAAUCAUUGAUGAGAAGAAUUUUUUACACAAAAUAUUUUCUUGAUUAAACACUGCUACAAUCUGUUUCUCUCUCUCUCUCUCUCUCUCUCUCUCUCUCGGAAUGGGCUAUGCUGAUUUGUUAUGACCCUAUCAAGCAUCUUCAACAAACUCCCAUUACACAUACUAUAUGACUGAUGACCUUGCUGUUUGGUCCCUUUAACCUCAAACAAAUCACAUACUAUAAGAAACUGAGGGCCACUAUAAAUUCAAACAAAAAUUAACUUACCUGCUUUUAACUUAAUAGCAUAUACAGUCCAGAAGCACUCAAUGAAUAAAGGGAUGCUGAUCACUGGCAAGACAAUGGCAGAUUUUAGGGAAUGCUAAGAAAAGGAUUACUGUGGUGAAGUUUUCAGUGAGUGCAAUACUACCUCUAAAUUUUAAAACAUUUGUUUAAUUAAUUAUUUUUACUAUUUCUCCAAAAAAUUAACUUAAUGCAGCACUAGGUAACCAUUAUGGAAACACUGGAUCACCACAGGUAAUCACAAAAAGCUCAUUCAUGAAAUAGCCAGAAUGAGUAAUGACCCACAAAUACUUUCAUAUCAUAAAUAUUGCUGAAACAUAUGAAUAUAAGUUGUGUAAAUUCCAAGAACAUGCUCAUAGCUGUCCAUUUGAAAACUGACAGCUAAGACAAUAAAAUGAAAUCAGCACUGAAUAUUUUAGAAAAGACAAGAAAGAGGCCAUGAAAGAUGACACUGUUGCUGUUAAAUGGAAUUAGAGUCUUAUACCGGACAGUUCAUGUGGAGCAAGUAUUACAAAUAACUUAAAAAUUAGCAAGAAAAAUUGUGUAAGCAGUUGCAAGGUGACAGGAAAUGUGAAUAUCAAAAAUGCAAUACAGAUGUGAUACAAUGAAAUUAAAAUUUCUCUCAUCCUCAUGUAAAACGAAGAAAAUCACAAGAUGCUCAGAGACAAGAGUUUAUAUGAGGCUGCUGAUACUGCUAAGCUAUUAAAAUGUUCUGGUCUUAUAAUGUGUAAUGUUCUUAGUUACAUGAAUAAUACAUAAUUAAUUCAGGAUAUUUUUCCAAAUAUAUGUUAUUGUAUGCUUCUAUAAAAUAAAGGGGGAGAGGUACAAAUAAGUAUCAGACAGUCUAUUUUCUGACAUCACUUUCCAAAAUCUUUGAGAGAAUAGUGUACCAGAGAAUUGACCCCCAGUUGCACCAAUAUGACAAGCUUACCCUGUCACACUUUGAGUUCCAAAAGAAACACUUUUGUGGAACAGAUGUUUGUACAUUCACUGAGAUUAUAGAAAAAUAUUAAAUGAUGAAAAAUAUUACUAAUUGUGUUCUUCUAGAAUUUGCAGAAGGUAUUUA